AUGGAAACAGGUGCAAGUAAUGUUAACCCCAAUGCCAAUGCUGGUAAUGCCAACGCGAAUGUUAACAUAGAAAGCGCAAGGCAAAUUGUUAACGUGCCUAAGCAAAGCGCUAAUCCCACCGGAAAUGCGCCUGCGAGUUCCAAUGUUAUGAACAGCCAAAGGCAAGCUAACACGAACGCCAAUGUUAAUGCUAACGUUGGCCGUACUAAUAAUCCAUCGAAUGUAAUGCUAACAGAAAAUCAGUUCAGGCAAUUGCUAGGAAACCUCCAUGUAAACCAAGAUACUAGGGCUAUUUUUAGUAAAUGUAGCGUACGUUUUAAUGGUGGAAGGAACACCAGCAAAAUUGAAGAUUUCAUAGCGACCAUUUUAGUAUACAAAGAUGCGGAAAACAUAUCGGACGAACUAGCGCUGUUAAGUUUACCUCUUCUAUUAGAAGGUUACGCAUCGUCAUGGUGGCAAGGUGUGAAGGAGGAAGCGGAAACAUUUAACGACGCCAUUGAUUUGCUUCGCAAAGCGUUUUCUCCGCCGAAACCCGACUGGCGUAUUUUUUCGGAGAUAAGUCAGGAAAAACAAAAGUUCACGGAGCCAACCGACGUAUUCAUAUGCAGAAAAAGACAAUUAUUCGCCCAACUUUCUGAAAAGCUAAGCGAAAAAACCAUGAUCAACAUGAUAUUUUCCCAAUUAGUUCUAAAGAUACGAGAGAAAAUUCCUCGUGAAAGUGUAGGAACAUUUAGCGAGCUGUUAGACAAAGCUCGCGAAGCAGAGUUGCUACUUGGUGAGAGCAAAGAAGUUUAUAAAGCUGUUGACUUAGCCAGCAACUCGACUAGCAAAAUUCCCCUUCGUUGUUCCUACUGUAGAAAGAAAAAUCAUUCCGUGGAAAACUGUUUUAAGAAAAUGGAAUCUGAAAAGAAAACCACAGAGAAAAUGAAAGAAACCACUUUAAGCUGUUAUGGUUGCGGUACACCAGGGUACUACAGGUCGAAUUGUCCAAACUGCAAUCAGAAAAAUCCGUUACGUAGCCCCGAGAAACUCGAUUUUAACACUAUACAAACCACCGUAAUAGGUCGAAAUGUACCAACUGUUGACAUAAACAUUAAUGGCUUGAAAGGUGAAGCAUAUCUAGAUACAGCUGCUAGAACGAGCGUUGCAAGUAGUAAACUUUACGAGAAGCUUAAAGAAAAAGGUGUUGAAUUUCAAAAGGUUUUUGCGGAAAUUAAAUUAGCUGAUGGCAUUCCUCGCCAGCAGAUGGUUUACUCUACUAUCGUCGAUAUUAUAAUUGGAAAGCGAUUCAAACGUAUACGUUUUAUUUGUUUGGCAAAUGCUGAAAACAAUCGAACGCUGUUAGGCAUCGAUUUUCUUGAGCAAGCUGGCAUAGUAAUGGACCUUGCACAACGAACGUGGCAUUUUAAGGACGACGCUAAUACUAUGUUUGAGUUUAAGAUGCAAUCAGCUGAAAUUAAGCAUUCCUUAUCGCUGUCUGAGGCAAACAUACGAACCCAUAGGGAAAAUCAUAACCCAAUUAAUGAUUUUAUGUCCUGGUUCGAAAACACAAAUAGCAGUUUCGAGUCAUCAUAUGAAUACUCGCCAAGAGAAAUAAGGGACAUAUUUGCUGGGAGUAUACCAGAAAACUAUGAGAUACCGGAACAAAACGAUUUGUUUCCACCCAUGAAGAGAGUAAAAAAGAGUAAUAAAGCUGAAGGGAGAGUAAGCUGCUCUAUCGACAUAAAUUCGGUCGAAAUAAGACUUCGCCCCAAUGAAGGUGCAGCCUUAGCCGAAAGCGAAAGAACAAGACUACAGAAAUUGCUAGAAGCACACAAAGAAAUCUUUGAAGAAACUACAGUACCAAUACCGCACAUGGAACACCACAUAAAGACGGAGGCGCAUGCACCCAUUUCUUCACAUCCCUAUCGAAUUUCACCAGCAAUGAAAAACAAAUUAAAAAUUGAACUGGAAGACAUGCUGAAAAAGGGCAUUAUUGAAGAAAGCAAAUCUCCAUGGUCAUUUCCGGUUGUGUUAAUACCGAAAAAAGAUGGAGGAGUGAGGUUUUGCGUAGAUUAUCGGCGUUUGAAUGCCAUAACCACAACAGACACAUACCCACUACCACGAAUGGAUGACCUGUUACAUGCAGCAAAAGCCACACCUUUCAUGUCCACCAUCGAUCUAAAAGCCGGAUAUUGGCAAAUAAAAAUGGCGCCUGCAGCUAAGCCGAAAACUGCAUUCACAACCCCGUUUGGAAUCUUUGUUUUUAAUCGAAUGCCGUUCGGAUUGAAGAACGCUCCGGCCACGUUCCAGCGCCUGAUCGAUAAAUUUCGGUCCGAAUUGCCACAUAUUUUAAUACUAGCGUACCUAGAUGACAUAAUUAUAUGCUCAAACGAUUUUAACUCUCAUAUGCAAAACUUGCGACAAACUCUUUCAAAAAUCAAAGAAUAUGGCUUUCAGUUGAAUAGAGGAAAAUGUGUUUUCUGUCGAGAAGAGAUAAAGUAUCUCGGACAUAUUUUAACCACGAAAGGACUUAAGGUUGAUAACGAAAAGGCACAUGCUGUCCUCAAGCGCCCGAAUCCGAAAAAUUUGAAGCAGCUCGUAUCAUUCUUGCAAACGUGCUCUUGGUAUAGACGGUUUAUUCCAAACUUUGCUGAUGUGGCAAAACCUUUGUCACAGCUGACAAAGAAAAAUGCGAAAUGGAGAUGGUCCGCAGAGGAGCAGAAUGCAUUCGAUAGACUUAAAGAUCUGCUUUCUUCGCCGCCAGUUCUACAGCAAGUUGAUGAAACCAAGCCGUUUAUCUUAAAAACGGAUGCCAGUGAUUAUGCGCUUGGAGCUGUUCUCCUGCAGGGGGAGAAUGAGGAAGAACAUCCGAUUGAAUACGCGAGGCGCCUUUUGCUGGCAGCAGAAAGAAACUACUCUACAACAGAACGUGAAGCACUGGCCAUAGUUUGGGCUCUACAAAAGUUUCGCGGAUAUGUAGAAGGUUCAGAAAUUACCGUGUUAACUGACCAUCAACCACUUAAAUGGCUAUUUAGUCUAAAAACACCCACAGGACGUCUUGCUAGGUGGGCGUUGCAACUUCAGAUGUAUAAUUUGAAGCUGGGGUAUACAGCAGGCAAGCAAAACGUUGUGGCAGAUAUGCUGUCUCGUCCACCCUGUUGCCCUGAGAAUAAGUCUAAUGUUAACUCCUUUGAGAUAGACUUUCCUCGCAAAGGCGCCGAGGAGUUCAGAAAGGAGCAAUUAAAAGACGAGGAACUGAAAUACAUCAUUGAGUCUUUCGAAAAAGAUGACGAAAAUGUUACCAGACAUACAAACCGAGGAUAUAUGAUGGUUAAUGGUGUACUACACCGAUUCUGUUCAGAUGAAGAUUCAGAAAAUGGUCAACUAGUAGUACCCAAAAGUUUAAGAGAAACAGUUUUAAUAAAAUUUCACGUGGAUCCAACUGCAGGACAUUAUGGAAUUGAUCGAACUACCAGCCGAAUCACUCCACUUUAUUUUUGGCCGGGUAUGCGCGCAGACAUUUCCCAGUAUGUGAAGUCUUGUGUUGAAUGCAAAAAAAUAUAA